AUGCAGACACAUGCGAGCGCUGGAGGGGCCAGCACCCUGCAGAAGCUGGCCCGCGUGUUUAGGGAGAAGGCUGCUGAGGAUGCUGGCAGGAUGUUCAAGGGCGCCAAGAAGAGCAGAGAGCGCCUUGGAGUUGUGAACGAGAUUCUGACUUACUGGAGGCUGGAGGAUGCCGAUGCCACACUGGAGGACCUGGAGGAUGCCCUCAUCAGCUCCGACUUUGGACCUCAGACGGCCUUCAAGAUCGUGGAUGCGGUGCGGGAGCAGGUGAGGUCCGGCGCCCUGCGCACCCCCGAGGACAUCAAGGCCGCCCUGCGCGACUCGGUCCUGAGUCUGGUCGCCCGGCCAUCAGGCGGGUCCUCCGAGCUUGCCUUUGCGCCGGGCAGCGACGCGGCGGGCGGCGGCCCCACCGUCUACCUCAUCGUGGGCGUCAACGGCGGGGGCAAGACGACCACCAUCGGCAAGCUGGCGCACCGCUUCACCUCCCGCGGCGCGCGCGUGCUGCUGGCGGCGGGGGACACCUUCCGCGCGGCCGCCGGCGAGCAGCUGCGGCUGUGGUCCCAGCGGUCGGGCGCAGAGGUGGAGGCGGCGUCCGCCGGCGCGCGCCCCGACGCCGUGCUCUUCCGCGCCGCGCAGCGCGCGCAGCGCGAGGCCUUUGACCUGCUCCUCUGCGACUCCUCUGGCCGCCUCCACACCGACCCCGGGCUCAUGGCGGAGCUGGCCAAGUGCCGGCGCAGCCUGGCCUCGGCGCUGCCGGGCGCGCCGCACGAGGUGCUGCUGGUCCUGGACGGGACCACCGGGGUCAACAUGCUGGCCCAGGCGCGGGAGUUUGGCGCCUCCGUCGGCGUCACCGGUCUGGUGCUGACCAAGCUGGACGGCACGAGUCGGGGCGGCGCCGUGGUCUCUGUCAUCGACCAGCUGGGAGUGCCCAUCAAGCUGGUGGGCGUGGGGGAGGGGCUGGAGGACCUCCAGUUCUUCGACCCCGCCGCCUUUGUCGAUGCCUUGUUUCCCCGCGAGAGGGAGGGCGAGGAGCCGCAGGGUGGAGGAGGAGAGGCGUAG